CGCAGUCCCGCGCGCGCGCCCCGCGCCCGCGGCGACGCGUCCAACUCCAUCGGCGCACACCGCGAGCGCGCGCGGUACGCGCGAAUUUUUUCGCGCCCGUCGCGCGCGCCGCGCGACGAUCUCGACGCGUCGAGCGCGCGCGCGCGCCGUCAUCGCGUCCCGGGAAAAGAUAUCGCGGAAAUGCCCGCGACGCGACGCCGCGCGACGCUCGCGAACCGCCGCGCGACGCGAACGUCGUCGAGCGAUCGCGAUGAACGCUCGAACGACUCGUCGGCGAGCGAUUUAGUGGGCAAGGCGACGCGGGCGACGCGGACGACGAGGCGCGAGGACGGGAAAAGACGCGCGAGCAAGGGGUCGAGCGGGAGCAGCGGGAGCGACUUGAGCGAACGCGCGGGCGACGAACGCGCGGGCGCGUUGGGACGACGAGAGACGCGCCGAAGAACGCGACGGACGGUGGAGAGCGUGAAGCGAGCGACGCCGCCGGAGGCGCGAUCGCCGAAUACUGGAAGCGAUGCGGACGAUAAGGAUGGGAACGGGGCGCGAAGAGACGACGAGCGCGCGAAGGACGCGAAGGACGCGAAGGACGCGAAGGACGCGAAGGACGCGGAUGCGGGCGCGGACGUGGGCGCGGAUGAUUUCGAAGUCGUAGAUUUGGAAAAAGUUCUUGGUGAGGGUGAGCGCGUGGUUGGGGUGUUUGGGCGACGCGUUCGCGAUGUGGCGGAGUGCUACGUGCGCUGGGAAGGACGGUCGCACGCGCGAAACUCGUGGGUGCGCGAGAGGGAUUUGGAGCGCGCGUGUCCGGAUAUUCUCAGGGCUUUCGAGGCGCAAUACCCUCGUGCGGUGUUGGGUGACCCCGUAUACGCGGUUAAACGCACCUGGUUGCGCCCGCAACGCGUCGUGAACGUGACGGGCAUGCCGCCAAACACGCGCUUGCUCGUCAAGUGGUGGGGAUUACCGUACGCCGACUGCACAUGGGAGACGAUAGAUGGGCACGACGAUUUCGACAUGUUGCUCGAACGCUACACCCAGUUCGACCACGAAAGUCUCAAACGCCCGUACAGCGUGCCACCGAGCUUGGCAAACGUCGACGAGAGUAACAAACCGAGCAAAGGCGUACAAUGCGUCGCACGUUGGCUCUUAGCGACGUGGUUUGAAAAGGAGGGCGUGUGUUUCGUGGAUAACUCGCCGCUCUGUAAACACGCCGAGGUCGCGGCUAACUUUAUUGCCGAUCGAAAGCGCCAGUACGACGAACACGGGCCGUCUCUCAUCAUCGUCGCCGAGAGCGAGCUGGAGCACUGGUCCCGCGAAUUCAGUCGUAUUGCGCCAGACGUGAACGUCGUCGAGUACGGCGGCUCGGCAACGUGCCGUGCGACCGUACAACAGCACGAAUGGUCCUUCGUCGGCGCCUUUCCCCGUGCGACCAACGGCGUGUCAACUCCUCGCUUCAAUGUUCUCAUCACGACGCACUCAACGGUGGUGCUGGACAUCGUGCUCUUGCGGCAGGUUCGAUGGGAAUCCGUCAUCAUGGUGGAGAACGCGCAAAAGUUCACCGCUGAGACGAGCUCAUUGCUGUCUAGACUCGGUAGCCUACACGCGAAUCACCGCGUGUUGAUGUUCCGCGCCGCAGACUUCUCCGACCUUCACGUCACUUUGAACAUCUUGGAAUUUCUCAAGCGAGCGCCGACGUCCAUGCGCAAUCUCGAAGCGAGGCUGUUGAAUCUCUCACAAGAAGAGGCGUGCAUGCAGACUGCCGCGCUUCUCGCCGUGCUCACGAUGGACUAUCAGUUCUGCGAAGCUGCUUUGAGAAAUAAGCAAGCGCUAGCCGAAGCGGACGCUUGCAUGGGGACGCUUCACACAGCCAGGCUGCUCGAACUCUCAGAGAUCGUCUUGGCAAGCAAAGUCGCCAAAGAAUCGGACCGCCGUUCCGUUUUCCCGGCGUGCUUUGAUUAUACGUCGACGCAAUACCUUGGACUUCUCCAUCAGCUCCAAGCCUUGCACGACAUGUACCGCCCGCUCGUCAGCGCUGAACAGCGGUGAUGUCACUGUCUGCUCGCGGUUCUUAUUUGCGACGCACACCAAUUUUCGCUCCACGUCGCCGUCGACGAAGCCGAGCGGUCGCCAAUUUUGACCACAUUUAUAUACCAUACCGCACCGUUUUGUCAUAU